AUGGACGAAUAUUCGACGGGAUGUCGAAAUCCGAUACGACCCAUUUUCUGCAAUGCGGCACUUCGUGAGCAACACCAACUACUGGAGAAGGUAAUUGGCACUUCACCAACCGAUCGCGACUUGGUGGAUGGUAGUGCAACGCAUGACGAGUUUCGAAUAUGGGCGACAAUCCUCAGCCGAUUCAACGAUUCCAGGGACAUGUUUCCGAUUACCAUCGAGUUCGAGAACUUGUUGUGGUUUGGUGUUUCGAUCCAUCCCAAUUGGCGACUGAUUAGCGCACACAAGCUGUUCCAGAAUGAAGAUGUUCCCGAAGGGGAUCCGCUGUGUGCAUCAGCGCCGCGACUCGAGAAAGAAGGACACAGCGAUCUCACUGCCGACGCAGCGAAGCGUUUAGCUUCCGCAGAGGCAAUACCGACGCGGGAGAUUAUUGAAGAUGUGCAACAACCCAAGUUCCCGUUUGUUUCCCUCGGCCAGGACCGUGACAAGAAUAGCAAGUCGAGCAUCUCAGCGAUCACUCUGUCUACGCCUGACUCGUCUGUACCUGACUGGACAGUGCCGCACCCCAGAGGUAUUCUCUCGGAUCAUCUACAGUUUAUACGGGGCAUCGACUGGGCAAAUACACCAUUAGGAGCUAUGAACAGAUGGUCGAUCCAGUUCAGAGAGAUCGUCUGUUUGGUCAUGCGCAACCCUCACCCGUCUUCUGUCUUUUGGGGCGAGGACCUGACCAUGCUUUACAAUGAGGCCUAUCGAGACGACGUGACGGGCGAUAAACAUCCGGCUUUGAUGGGAACCGGUUUCUCAGGCCCUUUCGGUGAAAUGUGGCAUGCGGUUGGUCCUCUAAACCACAACCAGCCGCUACCCAUCAUGCGUUACGGUUACAUGGAAGAGUCUUUUUUUACUUGGUCUUUUGUCAGUAUUGAUGCCCUCGAUUUGGCCCCAUGA